UACAUCGUGCUGUGCAGUUUCGAAAUGUUUUGAGUUCGAAACACAGACGGCAGAGUGUGAAAAAAAGACGAAAAACGAAACGAACUGUUUCUCCAUCAGUAAAACCAAUCGUGUGCAAUGCAUAUGUAUUGUUUGACAGCUUUUGAUUGAAAUUUAGCCGAUCAUUCCUACUACACACAUACACCAGUCAGUUGUUGGUUGUUUUUUUUUUGCACAAUUUUCGGUAUUUCGACAACACAACUUAGAAUUCCAUCUCAAUUUUUUUUCGAAUUCGGCUACGAACAAUUUGGAGAAACAAAGAAAUAAAGAAAAAAUACGUUCUGAAACAUUCUCAUAUCGGUUAGAUUUUUUUGUUUGUUUGUUUUGAAAAGUCAUUGAAUUACAAAAUUCGCGCAGAAAUGUCGGAUUUACAGAUGCUUGUUGAAAUGGGAUUUAGUGCUGAGAAGGCGCAAAAAGCCUUAGAUGUCACCGGCAACAAAAUGGAAAUUGCCAUGGAAUGGUUGCUUGCACAUUCCGAUGAAUCUGAAGUGGCUCCCGAAUGUGUUUCAGCCGAUUCGACGAAUACAGCUGAAUCGGCCCCGGUGACCGGUGAUGCCGGCGCUAGUAGUUCGGGUACAAAUGAAGUGGCACAAGAGCCGCAAGAAGUCAAGUCAUUCAAAUGCGAAGAAUGCAAUCGAUUGUUCAAAAACCAAAUGGAAGUGGAAUUCCAUGCUGCCAAAUCGGGCCAUAGUAAUUUUUCGGAAUCGACUGAAGAGAAGAAGCCAUUGACGGAAGAGGAAAAGAAAGAGCAGCUGGCACGGCUCGAGGAAAAAUUGCGCCAAAAGCGAUUGCAACGCGAAGAAUCGGAAAAGCGUGAAGCGCUCGAGCGGGAAAAGUUCCGAAUUAAAAGUGGUAAGGACAUGUCAGAAGCACAGCGCAAAAUCGAAGAACAGGAAAUGAAGAAAUUGGUUGAGCAAAGAAAACGUGAAAAACAAGAGGAUAAAAUGGCUCGUGAACGAGUCAAGGCACAAAUUGAAGCCGACAAAGCUGCACGCCGUGAACAAAUGGCACUACUCAGUGGAAACGCCAGUCCAACUACAACUGCCACUGCCACUCCACCGGGAAUAGUCACCAUAGCUGAACCUUCGUCAACGUCGUCGUCGUCGGCGGCAGCAUCAUCAUCAUCGUCGGGCGCACCGAAGACAUACGUCAACACGAGAAUCCAAAUCCGUUUGCUAAAUGGCAGCACACUGGUCGAGACAUUCGAUGUAAAGGAACAAUUGUCGGCCGUUCGUCUCUUCAUACAAAUCAAACAAGGCAUCGACGAACCAUUCGGAUUGAUGACAAAUUUCCCACGUAAAGUGUAUUCCGAUGAAGACUAUGAAAAACCACUUGAAACAUUGGGACUGGUACCUAGCGCCGUUCUCAUCGUAACCAAAGCCAAAUAAAGAAGAAACACAACUCUUCAAUUCUUUCGUCCCAUUUCCUCAAAUGAUUCUUUUCUAAUGGUGAAUGUAACAUAAAAUGCAUGAAAACAAACAUACAUACAACUUACGUGAAACGAAAGUAAAACAAAACCUAAAACAUAAUUUGUUUUUUAAGCUGAUAAAAUUGGGUUCGUUUAAUUCUUUCUACUGAUGAAUUGAAAAACAGAGCAAAUUUAUUGUUUCUUCGAUUGAAUUUUUAUUUAAAAAACAAAAUAUUUACAUUUAUACAGGGGAGAAAACAUCCAAUUUUGGAAUGGCAUUCCAGUGUAAAGUCUUUGUUUGAAGAGCCAA